AACUAGAAAUUGUCAACUCAUUGUCAAUUUGUAUUAUGUCAAUAGAAAUUUUAGGCUCUGGCAAUGGAAAGAUCUCGAUAAAAAAAUGGCUAGUAAAACAUCUUUAUUUAUGUUCGUACUGAUUUGUUUUCAAUUAAUCCCUUUAUAUAAUGAGUUAAAAGUCGAAAAAGAAAGGCAUUACUGCCAAGAAGGACAUCACACCUGGGAAGGAGCGUUUAAAUCAUGCGCAGGAAAAGAACAAUCACCGGUGGACGUACCUUGUUCAACAUGCAAUGUAGCGUUAAAAACAAAUUUUCCCAACUUCGCAUGGAGUCAAACGUAUUAUGAAUCACCUAGAUCUAUAAAAUUGAUAAGAACCAAAGAUACCGUGGGAUUACAACCAUGUGGAGUUAAAAUUAAAAUUAAAGGUGGUCCUUUACGCGAUACAUAUCAAUUGGAUCAUAUACAUUUUCAUUGGGGUGAUCAUGAUAAUAUUGGAAGCGAACACUCAAUAAACGGAAAGUAUUUUCCCAUGGAGGCUCACGCUGUAUUUUUUAAUACAAAGUAUGGGAAAUUAAAGAAAGCGGAAUUACAAAAAGAUGGUAUUAUGAUUAUGGCGUAUAUGUAUCACAUCGUUUCUAAAACUAAUGAUAUCGCGAUGAAUUGCGUUACAUGCUGUUUUGAAAAAUUUUAUUCAAGAUCUAAAAAGAUAACAAUUCCGAUUCCGUUUCCAAUGGCACGAUUGCUUCCCCCUUUUCAAAGACGUUACGUCUGUUACGCUGGAUCAUUAACUACUCCGCCUUGUCACGAAACAGUUACAUGGAUAAUUUUUGAUAAGAUAUUGGAAAUAUCUAGAGAAAAUAUUGAAAGAUUUCGAGAUUUGUACUGCAUCGAUCCUGGAUUGAGAAAUAAUUACAGACGUGUACAACCGUUAAAUGGAAGAGUAUUUGUUGCCAGAGCCUAAAUAAAUUUUUAUAAA